CCCAGUAAUGCGCUGCUAAAAAUAAGGGAAACCAAAGACAUUUCCGUGUGUAUAAUUAACAAGCACUAUAUAGUAGCCGCUUACAAAGGCUUUGUGGCUAAUAGCACAGCUUCAAUCAAUGCAUUACAAGACACCCUAUAGUCUUAACGGCGGCCUUUCCAUGGCAGACCAGUACAACACCAAUGAGGAGAAGAUCCUGCGGGACAGUAACACCAAGGAGAUUGACCUCAUAAACAGGGACCCCAAGCAGAUUAAUGAAGAUGUGGUCAAGGUGGAUUUUGAGGACGUGAUUGCUGAGCCAGACGGGACGCACAGCCUGGACGGCGUGUGGAAGGCCAGCUACACAACAUUUACCGUUUCCAAAUACUGGUGCUACCGCCUGCUGUCAGCUGUAUUCGGCAUCCCCGUCUCCCUGCUGUGGGGCUUUCUGUUUGCCUGUAUCUCUUUCUGCCAUAUCUGGGCUGUCAUGCCCUGCAUCAAGAGCUACCUGAUUGAGACCCAGUGCCUCAGCCGUGUCUACUCACUCUGCAUCCACACCUUCUGUGACCCAUUGUUUGAGGCUAUAGGCAAGGUGUUCAGUAGUGUCAGGGUGGUGCUGCGCAAGGAGGUAUAAAAGUACAACAACAGGGUGCAGGAUCGCCUGAGGUCAGGCUACUUAAGUUCCUGGUCCUUUAGUUGUUUUGGAUUUUGCCGAGGUCCAGCUCGAGUCCUAUCUUGAAAUAUUCCCUACAUAAACUGGGAGCUUCCAUUGAAACCGAACGCUCCAAAGGAGAACCCUUUUGUCUUGUGGCUCUACUAUUACACAAGCAAGUAGCUGGAUUCAGUAUGUUAAUAGAGGAUGGCUCGUCCAUUCUAGGCCUGUUUCCAGGUCCAUGUUCACAGCUAUUUUGCCUAUUUUUAUAGCUUCAAAUGAAGGGAAAGCAGCUGGCUGUGUGUGGUUCUGCCUGGCAACAUUUUAAACAAAUAAUUUUUGGAAUGUAAAAACAAUAACUCGUUUACCAGAGAGCUUUCUUAUUAAAAAUGCAAUAUAUGCCUAAUAAAACAUAUGUUAGGAGCUUUUUAACUACUGUAUUACAUACAACCAAAUGAAAAGGGAAAAUUAUGCAAAACAAUGGAUUUUUAGGGGAUUGUUCUUUUGUCUUUAAUGUAUAAUGUAACAUGUUGUGUUUAUAAACAAGAAUUAAGAUUCUACCAAUUCAUUUCCUUUAAUGAACCUUAACCAUUUGUGUUUUUUUUUCUUCAUUGUUUAUGAGCGAAAGUAUGCCUGGAGUAACUGCAUAUUUUGCAACAAUGUAGUACGAGCGUUUUCCAACCACUGGAGGGAGUAAAUGUCAACUGAAUUUUCAUACAGCUAUCCUUAUACCUGUUGUAUCAUAGCUUUAAGUUAUAAUUUUAAAAAUUCAAUACAAGAAAUGAAAAGCGAAACUAAAAGUCUCACUUGAGAAAUCUAUAAAAAACAAUACAUACAUUUAUUUCACAAAAUCAUUUAAAAUAAAAGAUAAAGCACAUUGAACAAUACCAGACCAAAUAUAGCAUGUGGAAUUACACAAUUGAAAAGCUUUAUAAACAUUCAAUCACUGCACAUACAUUUUCAAAAUGUAAUUUAAGGUUCUAUAAUACUAUGAGCUCUUCCAAAAUAUUAUCUCUGCAGUGAAGAGAAAUUACCCUGAUAUUUUAUAUUACUUAAUUUUCGGAAUUUGAUAUUCAAUGGCUUUUCCACAACAUUGCCAGAUUUACACUAUGCUUGUGCGACUGGAUGUUUAAAAUGUACUGUUACAUAAUUUGUGCAACAGAUGGAUGAAAGAAUCCAUUAAAAACAUGAAUGUAAAUCGGGUGCAAUCUGCAGUUCUUGCACUGCUGGGCUGGUGUACCUGCAGUUUGUUUUCAGAUGUAAUUGAACUACUAACAACAGACGUCAGAGUAAAAAGAUGAAAUUUGUUUUAGUUAGGGAAAUUACACCUAAGAGGGGUGUGUUUGUGGAAAAUACUAAAUUAAGGAUUUUUGUGUUUGCAAAAAGAUGAUGGAAGAAGUAUGUUUCAAUUUAAAAUAUGUCAUGUAUACAGUAUUUUAUAUAACUGGAUAUUUGCUAGUAUGUUGUAUGAAAAAAAAUAAUAUGGAUUUUUUUCCCCAUGAAAAAACAAGUGUUAUUUUACUUAUAUAUUCAUUAAAACUAAUGUUCACUUGA